ACUAGUAUCAGAUCUGAGACUGAGUAUAGACAUGUUUUUAAGUACCUUCUCCAUAUUUUUUUUAAUAUUUUAGUGGGAGUACCUAACGUUAGAUAUGGAAAUCUUGCCUUGAAGGCUAGAUUUACGCUCACCUUCACAGAACUCAUUUCGCUAUAUUUACUCAAAUCAAAGCUACAGUCGGUACUUGCUUGCAGUUGCACAGUCACUCCCACGGCCAAGCACGUGUGAUCGAUGAAACGACCUGCAAUGCGUGACGUCACUUACAACAAAUCUGAUUGGUUCACAGCUGCCCAAGCCUGUUAAAAAGUUACUCUCAUUGGUCAAUCAUUUAAAUGCCCGGAGCUAGCUCGGAGAUCUCGUAUGUUUACAAGAUCAAGCGAGAAUUAAUUGCAGUAGUUUCGUUUUUUCUGUCAGUAACGAAGAUCCGGGGAGAUUUAAAUCACUGGAAAUCGCGGACGUGACCACCGAUUCUGGAUUUUUCAAAGGGUACCUGACUAUACCGUACAUAGUGCAUUAUGGAUUGCCCAGAGCUAGCCUGUACGGUCGCCAUAGAGAAGCUAGAUGCCUGUGGGGAAGUCACCAAGAGAACCCUGUGCAGGAAUGGGUCUCUAAUCUUAGGAAGGAAUGAGUUCAGGGACGUUCUACUCAAGGUUUUUACAGGCAAGACAUCAUCGACGCUGUCGAUGCAGGACGUGGUCGUCCAUCGACGUUUUGCCAGUGAUGGCAAGGCCUGCAUCAGACUGCCUAAGAAGAGCCUUCAGGUCAUGAUCUCCAACUGCCCACCGCACCAGCUCAAGACGUUCCUCAAGAGUUUGGCCGUCAAGAUGGAGUGCAGGAAAUCAGAGAAGGUUGUGAGUGACAGAGCCCGUCUGCUGUCAGAGCUACCCCAGCAGUUUGACGAGAUCAGCCCCAUGAACCAGGGUGAUGUGGAUUCCAUCAACAACCAGAGGGCCAAGCUAGCAGAGGCCAAAGGCACAUCCACCACCCCUGCAGCUCAGGCUAGGAAGAGAGGGAGGAAAGGGGUUGGUCAUCCAGCUGAACGGGAACAGGUACCUCGCAAGAAACUUCAACUGAACACGUUGAGGAAGACGCCGCCUCUGUCCAACGAACAGAAGAGGGUCCUGAAUGCGGUCCUCUCUGGGAAGAGUAUAUUCUUCACGGGGAGCGCGGGGACGGGGAAGUCCUUCCUCCUCAGGCACAUCAUCAACGCCCUCCCUCCGGACUCUACCUUUGCCACCGCCAGCACGGGGGUGGCAGCUUGUCACAUCGGAGGGACAACGCUGCACCAGUUUGCAGGUAUAGGAUCAGGCACAGGAGAACUUCCGCAGCUCAUUGAGCUUGCAUCAAGGCCGCUGAAAAGACAACAAUGGCGGAAGUGCAAGCAUCUGAUUGUGGAUGAGAUUUCCAUGAUCGACGGGAAUUUCUUCACUAAAUUAGAGGCUGUAGCGAGAGUGAUCAAGCGUUGUGACGAGCCGUUCGGUGGGAUCCAGCUGAUUCUCUGUGGGGAUUUCUUGCAGCUACCGCCGGUUGUUAAGAAGGGAGAGAGACAGAAGUUCUCCUUCCAGUCACCUGCUUGGCACCGCUGUAUCCAGAUAAACUUUGAACUCAUGGAAGUGAAGCGGCAGAAAGAUCCAACAUUCAUCAACAUCCUACAAAAGAUCAGAGUAGGACGUUGUCCUGCUGAAGUUAGCGACUAUUUAACAGCUACGGCCAAGCACUGUGUGGAUAAAGAAGGCAUCCACGCUACCAGAUUAUGCACACACAAAGAAGAUGUCGAUCAACUCAACAAUGUCCACCUCAACAAACUCAAAGGUGAUGUGAGGGUGUUUGAAGCAAUGGAUAGUGACCCUUCACUCGUCAAACAGAUGAACAACCAAUGCCCGGUCAGACAAAGAAUAGACCUCAAGAUAGGUGCACAGGUUAUGCUUGCCAAGAAUCUUGAUGUACAUAGAGGUCUAGUCAAUGGAGCUAGGGGUGUGGUCACAGGUUUUGAAUCAGGAAUGCAAGGAAACCCAAAGGUCCGUUUUAUGUCUGGCCUGGAGGAGGUGAUAAGACCAGAACGCUGGUCCAUUGCCGUUGGUCCCUCCCUCAUCCUGACCAGGAGACAGCUGCCUCUCAAACUUGCCUGGGCCAUCUCAAUCCAUAAGAGUCAGGGCAUGUCACUCGACUGUGUGGAAAUCUCCCUCUCCCGUGUCUUUGAGUGCGGGCAGGCGUACGUUGCCCUCUCUAGGGCCACCAGCUUGCAGGGCCUGCGUGUCCUUGACUUUGACGGAAGCUGCGUCCGGGCGCAUCCAGACGUGAUCCGGUUCUACGUCCAGCUGCGGAAAGAACAGAGGCACCUGCAGCAGACUUCCAUCCGACGCUAUGGUACUGAGGACAAGGAAAACUGUGCAAUUAACUAUUGACGCCAUGACUUCCUCAUGUAAUAGUGUGCCUGCAUAUAUGGCUCAGUUCUAUACCUCCAGCUCCGCUACAAAGACACAGCAGAUUUCGUCUGGUGCUAUCAUAGUGAGGACAAAUAAAAACUGAAACUUAGUAUUGAAGCCAAGACUUGCUCAUCUCUGUUUAUAAUCAUGAAGGCACAUCAAGAAGUGACACAAUUCUGUCUCCUGCUGCGGAAUGAACAGAGACACAGACUUCUAUCUGAUGCUAUAGGAUUGUGGACAAAACACUGCAAUCUAUUAUUGGAAGCCAUAAUUUGUCCCUCUACAUGUGUAGUGCUAGAUGUUGAUGUGCUGAAGGCUUUUUUUUGUCAGUACAAUAAUCAACAAAAUUAUGCAAAAUCCUGAGUUCCACAUCCAAAAUGUUUCUUUAUUUGAUUCUUAUGGAUGAUUUGGUGAUGCAGCCAAUCAAAUCAUCAGAAACAGUCAGAUUAUUUCCAUUUGCAGUAGACCCUGAUAUAAUUAUCAAGAGAUGGUGAAUAAUACAUUAGCUGUUAUCAUCCACCUACAAUUUCUUCUUUUAAAGGAGGAUAGAAUUAGUGAAACCCCUUGAAUUGUAAAACACAGAAAAAUCUAAGAAAAAGAUCAAUGAAAGUUUGGAAAAAAAAAUAAUAUGAAAAUCAUGAGUAUUUGAGUGUUGAGAUCACUAAAGCUUUUAUUAAGUCAAUGAGUAGAUAAGAUGUUAUUUUAUGUGAGUACAUAUGAUACCGGUUUCACAAAAUAUAUCAUUAAUGAUGCUAUGAAGAGUUUGUACUGGAUCAUAAGAAUGAUGAUGAUGGGUUCUUGAAUAGCGCCGGUAUCCGCCUCUGCUGGGCGCUCAUGGUGCUUGCUGAAAAAUAGGAAAUGUCUCACAAAUUUAAUGUCUUCCAAUAGUGCCUAGAAUCAUUCUUUUCAAAUUAAUACUUUCUAGUCGUACUACAAUUAUGUUAUUCUUGCGAUGUUGGUUUGAGAAACAUAAAGGUCUUCAGGUAAGACUCGAAGGUUGGUUGGGUCUCUGCUAUCCUGAUAAAUUGGGGAAGGCUAUUCCACAGCUUUGGUCCAGAUAUGUAGAAGGCUCUGUCAGCCCAGGUUGUGUGACUGAGAGACUCGGUCAGCAAUGCUUGGUCUGUUGAUCUGAGACUGCGCGUUGGUUUGUGCUGAGAUAAGAGCUCCGAUAUGUAGCGUGGAGAUUUAUUGUUGAGUGCUUUAAAUACGAGAAUACCAAGUUUAUAGGCGAUUCUCUGGUUGAUAGGUAGCCAAUGUAGGUCACGCAGAAUUGGAGUUACAAUGUAUGUGGACUCUCUUUCUAUGUAGGGACACAAGACGUGCGGCCAUGUUCUGCAGGAGCUGAAGUCUGUGCAAUUGAUGUUGAGUCAAACCAGUCAGAAUGAGCAAAAGAGAUUUUUUUCCCCUCAGUAUAUUUGUUUUGUCCAAAGGAAAGCAUUGCUCAUUUGUGACAUCACACACAUCUUGGUGGCAUUGCCAAAUGGAAGGAUCUCCAUACCAUUAGCUAUAUUCUUAACAUUUAAUGCUCAUAAUUUUUUCUGAUUGUUUUCCAAAUUUUCCUCAAACCUUCUUUGAUUGGUUUCUUUGACAUUUUCUGCUCUAAACAAUUCAAUUUGUUUCAUGAGUUUGAUUCUCCUUUAAAAGAUGAAAUGAUAAUAUGAGGGAGACUAAGGUAGAGAGAUGAUCUAUUAUUUUCUGUUUUCACACAACCUUGCUUAUUCCUAGGGUUUCUUGCUCCUUUUUGAAAUGCACAGACAGUACUCCACCAGAACCGUCCUUUCUUAAUUCACAAACUGCCAGAAAUUUUCUGAGGUCAAUCCAAACACCAGCCUUAUUUUAAGCACUUUGUUGUGGCUGUUGACGUUGCUACAACAUGAAAUUCAGGUACAUGUAUCCUAUUUCAAAUUACCAGAUGAAUAGAUUUAUGCCAAUGUUGCGCUUAAAUCAUUGAUUUCUCUUGUGAUUUAUUAUGUGGCUUGGAUGUGACCAAUUGAUUCAAAUCAAAGGGGGGAUGGGGAAUUAGAAGAUGAGUUGACAUUGAUUGGAGUGUUGUGAUUCAGUUUUUUUUUCAGAAAUGCUGAUUAUGGAAAAUAAAUCAAACAAAUUACAAAUGAAAAUGGUUCAUACUUAUUGAUGUUCCAUUCCUGUAACAGUAUUCCUUUGAUUAAUUACAAUACUUGGAAUCCAGUUUGCAUACAUGGACCCUAGUAGCUGAUAUCUCGGGCAACAUGUGGCAAGCUUUGAGGUUCCAAGAAACCCUUUGAUCAAAAAGUAUGCAUGAAAUUAGAUUAUGUCAGGAAACCGGUCUACUGCAAUUUUCCAAAAUAAUCUAUUGUCCUGAUCAUCACAUUCUUGUUAUAAAUUCUUUGGAUUUCAAUUUGAAAUUUAAAUUAUGGAAGCUGUCUUGAUCGCCUUAUUAUUUUCCUCGUUAUUGAAAUUUUGGUGCUAUUUAUGGGAAGUCAUGAAAAUGGUUGUAAUCAGUGAUAUUUGUAUAUCAUAUACAUGUAAUUCACAAUAAGAAAGUAUUCAUGUCUUAUUCGUCUUUAUAUAUUUUGGAAUUCAUGUGUGUGAUAUUUAUUCGCUGACAGAAUUUGCGGGUCUGGUGAUUAAGCUAGUGCAUUUCUAUAUGUAGUUUUGAUCAUGUUUUUACAUUUGUGUUUUUGAAAUGCAAAAUAAAGUUGUUCUUAAGAAUGAA